AUGCCUCAGCGGUAUCUGAACGCUCUUGUAGUGUUGGGCACUGCCGCGAUAGCUGCUUGGCGGGAGAGCCUCCGGUACGACGGCGAGGGCGGUUGCACGCUCGCAGUGGAGGCGCUGGCUCGGGAGUUGGAGUACCAGCUCAAUCUUUCGGGGUCGACGUUUCCCGCUCCGGCACCGCUUACGUGCCCCACUGAGGCCGUGGAGGCCGUCAAGGACAAGGUCGAGGAGCUCGCCGCGCGCGGGCCGCAGGACAACAGCGGCAUCGCCAGCCUCGCACAAUUGGUUGGCGGGGUCGUCGGGCACGCGGUGCCUGUUGGCAUGCCGCCAGACUUGGACGAGUACACCGAGGACUACGGGUUGACCACUGACGAGGGGCCCGGCGAGGUGGUCCUCCUCGGUUUGAAUGGGGCGGCUCCAGGGGUGCUUCGGCGGCGACUCUACCGUUUCAAAAGGGGCGCCUACCCAGAUGACGGUGAUCUGCUCAGGGCUCUGGGCCGCGGGAAUCGCCAGUGCGUUGGGCAAUGCAGAUUGGCGGGCGUGGAGCCGGUGAUCGUGGGCGAGUACGUGAACCACUUGGGCGUCAUCGAGGUGGUGCCCGAGGAGCCCCCGGAGGCUUGGCGCCCAAGCGCACUCGAGGCGAGGGGCGCAGGGAGCCGUGAAAGGUCGCCGCCCCCGGUGACCGAAGACCACACGGCCCCAAAAGGGCAGCUCUGGAUGAUCGUCGAGGAGGCCAGCGGCAAGUUGAGGCUCGGCACCGAGAUCGAGAUUCACGACGGGGACUUCGCGAGCGGGGCCGACGCGUUCGUCCAGCGCGGGGGCAUCUGGGCCCACGCGCAGCUGGUGAGGGCCGCUGACGUGGCCGCUGUUUGCAAGGAGAUCCGGGAUCACUACCACGUGCCGGCGCUGGCGCCUGGCCCCGAGCCGAGUGGGCCCCUGGCGGCAGGGGGCACGGCUACGCCCCCGCCGGCGGCCGAGGACGCUAGGACCCUGUGGAUUGAUUACGACGAGCAGGGCAAGAGGCACAAGUCGUGGCACGCAUUCUGCGGUGAGAUCACCGAGGAGCCGCUCGACUGCCCAGAACUCGAGGGGCCACCUCGGGGCGCGAUGCAUCUGCUGAAGUACAUGAAGCGCGAGUCUGGGACCCCCAAGCGCUGUUUCCAGGACUUCGCCAGGGAUUACAACAUCCAGAAGACCGACCGCGUGUGGCACGAGCUGUCAGCUUUGGUCGAGUGCGUUUCCCUCUUUGGGCAGUAUGAUCAGGUCAACUUGCCGUCCCUGGCCGGUGGUGAAAGGUUGUGCAGGCGCUUCAACACCAUCAUUGAGGCCUACGCAUCAGGCGCGGGCGGGACCCUCAAUUGGGAGUUGGCCAACAUCCUCGAGGGUGAGAUCGGCGCCACGGAGGCGAUGGACCCCCAGCUGCGCCAAUACAGCAUGAAGAAGCUGAAGGACCAGAGGGACAUCGCCAGCAGCCGCCGCCCCUGGGGCGGCGGCGGGAAGGGCGACCCGCAGCUCCCCGAGGCCACGGGCAAGGCGAAGACCAAGGCCAAGGCGAAGGGGGACAAUAAUGCCCAGGCGGCGGGCCGAGCCGCAGACGAGGGAUGA